AUGCAGGCGGAGAAGGGCAGCUCCAAGGAGGAGAAAAAGGAGAGCGCGGCCAAAAGUGCCCUGGCGCAAAGCUGUGUGAAACAAGGGCUGGAGGCGGAAUUCUGGCUGCCCAAACUCUCGGAGAUCCUGGGCGUUACCUGCAAUGAGGCUCUCCAGCACCUGCAGCAUGAGGACUACCUUAAACUGGCAGGGGAGGCACGGCAGCCCUGGGAAAAAAAGGCGCUUCUCAAACUCCUGGAGAUCGAAGACAAGCAGAAAAGAGAGGAGGACUCGCAGAAGCAGCGCUUGAAGGAGUCGCAAGAGAGACACAAGGCGGCUCUGAAGGACCUGAAAGAAAUGCAGAAAGAGAGCGGCCACAGCAAGGGAUGUAGAAGAGAGGAGGAGCUGCACAAAGACUUGCGCGCUGCCCAGGACGGUCUGACGCCGUCGGAGAACAAGAUGGUGAAGGCGGUGGAGGAGAUGCACAAGCAGCUGGGGCAGCAGGAGAAACCGGCGUGCCGGAGCGCGAACGUCUCCGAUGAGGAAGUGCUGAGGUGGGCGUCCGGGGGCCUGGCCCUGCAGGGCAUUUACCGAACCAGGCGCCUGGAGGACAUGCUGGCCAAGCGGGAGCAGCUCAUCGACGUUCCCGAGGGAUUCAAGCUCGCCGGUCCAGAGCAAGGGUCGCUGCUCGAGAAGAAGGAGUUUUCGUCCGCCGCAGCAGAAGCCACUUUCACCAAGUCCAUGGAGCAGCUGGGCUUCAGUAUGAGCAUCGCUGCCAAAGCCUCGUGCUGGGGAUUCAACAUUGAAGGUGCUCUAGACCGCAGCACAUCCGCCCAGUCGGUGGAAAGCCAGCAGUCGCGCGCCGAGCAGGCCUGUAUUUGCACCACCAAGUUCCAGUACAUCCCUCUGGCCUCCUGCUACUUCCAAAAGCAUCAGCUUCGCCUCUCGGCUGCCGCGCUGCAGGAGCUGCAGGAGCUGGAGCGCAUCCUGAGCAUCACUGCGGAAGCGAACCAGCCUAACGUGCUGCAAAGCAGGUGUGGGAGCUUCUUCAGCAGGUUUGGGUCCCAUGUAAACCAGGGCCCCCUGCACUUUGGGGGCAUCUUCUGGUGGAAAGCGUCUGUGGAAGGAUUCCGGGCUGAGGAGCGAGAAGACAUGAAAAAGCAAGCGUCGGAAGCACUCAACUGCUACGUUGGGGCCAGCUGUGAGCGCUUUGCCUUCAGCGCAGCGGGGGAGAUUCGAACYUCCCAGUCCAGUUCGGCGGCAUCGUUUAAGGGAAGAGACACACAAAAGGAGAAGAAAGCCAUUCUGCUCUUUGUGACCAAAACAGGAGGCCCCUCAGAGGUGGAUUCCCUUGCUGAGUGGAAAUCUGGGCUAGUCACUAAUAACACAACUUGGCGUGUGAUCGACCGAGGCUUUCAGCUCAUCCCGGUGUGGGACAUCAUCCUCUCCCAUCACGGACAAGACUUUAGAAACGUUCAUCAGCUGAGCAGCAGCCUCCAGGCCGCCUAUGAGAGCUUAACAAAUCUCCCUGUAAAUAAAUUGUGUGAGGAGGGAACAGUGAGCGCUUUGGGACAAACCCAGCCAUUCUUGGAGGAGAUCAAGUCCUGGGAAGUCAGUGAGGCUGAGCAGCAUCUAGUGAAACUCAUGAUCUUCAAGCAAGAGCUGAGUGAAAAAACAAAGAGCAACAUGAUCUGGGUUAGCACUUGCCUAUCAAACAAAGUGCUGCAGAAUUUCCUCAUAAACACAGUUUCWUCAUGCAAAUAUUCAUCUCUUCCUAAUGCCUUGUCUAUAAAAUUUCUCUUGCGUGGCCUUCUUGAUCCUCACAUCUUCUCAGUGGACAAUUUCCCCAAAUCUUCUUUCAUUAUGCAGUGGGUGUUUCAUGAGGAAGAAGAACCCCCCAGAACAUCAUGUAUUUCUGAAUUCUGUGAUCUCUUGGACAGUCUCCAGAAAAUGAAGGAUCUUAUGGAAAAAGCUGCGUUUGGGCAUCCUCCAGAGGUAGAGACAGAAGCAAAAGUUAAAGUCAGCCUAAAUCUGAGUUCAGCUUUGGGCUCCUUCUUGAAGGCUCUAAGAGAGAGAGGGGAGAGAGAUGUGGAAUCAUUGCUUCUGUGCAUUGCAGAGAGUGCAGGAUUUCAAGAAGAAAACUGCACUUUUCGGUAUCUCCUUGCGUUGCCAGAAGUCGACUUCAUGUUGAGUGAAAUGAAGAAGGCGCAUGAACGCUACACGUGCCUGAAGAACCAGGCAAUUCCCAGAGCUCAGGCAUUCCUGCUCCUGACAGGUCUGCGUAUGGCAGCCAGACGCAAGGACGUGUCUCCAGAGCUGAAGUUUAAAUGCUUGACUCGGAUGAAGCACCACAUGGGAGACUCAUUGUCCCAAGAAGUCAGUGAUAUCCUUAAAAAACACGGUCGCUGUGACCCUGGGGGUGCUCUGUCGAAAGAUCUGACUGCCCUUGUAAAUGGAGAAUACGCGGCCUCUAACAGCGAUCUACGGAAAGAAAUUAUAAAACAGGAGCUAAUUGAUAUUUGUUCCGAUGCUAAGCAGAAGGAUUCAUCAAGGCCAUCGCCACAGAAGUCAGAGGAUCCUGAAAUGCAUGAGGGUUCCAGAGGCCAAGAGUUCCUCAAGUUGAUUAAAUACCUGGGAUUAGAAGCUUACUAUCCGAGGAAGAUGGGGAUGGCGGACUUCCACGUUAUCAACAAGACUUCCCUGAGGGACAGCCAGCCUAGAAGUGGCAGUGAAUACCCCUCCUACUUUCUGCAGAAGCUGCUGAUGCUGGACUAUCGUGUAAGAUACCUGGUUUGCCAGGAGGACAGCCAAGUCAAGGCAGGCAUUCUGAGUGCGCUGAAUGCGACGAGCCCUGAGGUUCAGCACGCAGAUGACUCCUCCGAUAUUUACAGCGACUUUUUAAAUGCUAAGAAUGAGGAAAUCAACGUGUCUGCUGCAACAGGGCUGACACGUAUACACCCCAUGGACCUCCAGAUGGCCAUUUUCCAUUGUGCCGAUGAUUUCAUGAGGCAGUACAUGGCAACCAAGCUCGCCUUCUGCCAGCUUGCGCUUCCCCUCCUGGUACCAAACCCAUGCACCUCCCAGAUCGAGUUCCCCCUCUGGUCCCUCAGCCACAUUAAAAAGAGCUGGAAGGGCACAGAGAAAGUGGCGAGGCAGAGCACAAUCAGGAGUCACCAGAACAAACUGAUCUGCCAGGCGGAGACCCCCAUCGUGUCCUUCGUGCGCAUUGGGACUUCUCCUUCCUCUUCCAAGUCGCAGAUCCUGAAUGCCCUGCUGAGCRAACACAAACACGACACUUUCUUCCAUCGACACUGCAAAGGCAGCACCCCAGACUGCCUGCUGAUGGAAGGCCUUGUGGAGAUCUCCUGGUACUGUCCCAGUGGAGGUGCGGACGACAGAUUUGAGAACUGCAUUGCGUUCACUAACUUACAUGGGGACGCAAGAGAACACAAACAACAAGUUAAAUUUCUACAGGAGAUAGCUUCUCUAAAUGUGGUCCUGCUUACCACUUCUGAUGAGACUGAGGUGGGUAGGCAGAUUGUGUGUGAUCUCUUGAGGUCCCCAAAGCCCUUUGUUUGCCUUCUCACGGAGAAGGAGGGCAGUGCGGUGAGUAUAACCAAGCAGAACCUCAUCGUGUCUGACAAGCGCAACCUCAACGUAAAAAUACCCAUCAAAAACAGGAACGAGGCCGACUUGGUUGAUGAUUUGGCCAACACAAUCAGAGUUCUACUAGAAGAUGCCGAGAGUAGUUGCAGCCUUGACACGUGUGCAGGAAUCGCUCGCUAGCAUGGCUUUCUGAUUGAUGUAGAUAAAGAAGAUUGCAAGGAAGCCAAGGCCGUGGCACAAGCACUGGUGGCCAUCUGCAAGGAGAAUAAGGUGGCAAGAGUGAAGGAAAAGCUCUUGCCUCUUCAAGGAGAAUUAUGGCAUGAGUGGUGUAGAAAGGACAAGGAACUCACCCGUCUGCAGGAGAGGAAUAGGAGCAUUGAACAGCAUCGCAGUGAAAUCGAGUCAGAAAAACAUGAGAUAAGGCAGAAGCAGCUGGAAAAGGGAUGCCCCCCAAAUGAGCUGAUGAAGCCAGUCUUGAAAAUGAUCCUGUCUGAUUCGGAAUCCACCAAGAAGUACUUUCUGGAGUGGAUGAAAAUGUUCAUGGAUGCCUUGUCAGCUGACCACCUUGAAGAACUCCAGCAGAAAUACCAUGCCUUGUGGUCACAAAUGAAGGAGAAAGCCGACUCUGAAGGCAAUGUCAGUGCAGGAGAUAAACUAAGGCAUAGGUUGGAAGCAUUGUCAGCCGAGAUAAGUGCUUCGACAAUAGGUCUUGAGCACAUUCUGAGGGAAAUUGGGCAGAUUUAUGAAGCUCUGGAUGUGAAUACUCAAAAAGAGAAACAUUUUCUUCAGCUGCCGCAGAUCGCGGCCAAACUGAUGGUUUCCGGGUAUCCCAUUGAGCUGAUGGAUGGCGAUGCUUCCUACGUGCCAUUAGAAUGGGUCGGGGCCAUCUUUGACAGACUAGCUGCGAUGCUAGGGGACAAGCGAGUGUACGUCCUUUCRGUGCUUGGCAUCCAGAGCACGGGCAAGUCAACGCUGCUGAAYGCCAUGUUUGGCCUGCAGUUCAACGUCAGUGCGGGGAGGUGCACGCGGGGAGCGUUCAUGAGGCUGCUGAAGGUGGACAAGGACCUCCAAGAGGACGUGAACUUUGACUACAUGCUCAUCGUUGACACCGAAGGACUUCGUGCCGUCGAGCUGGCCAAUAAGCAGUCGCUCAACCACGACAACGAGCUAGCCACCUUCGUCAUUGGCAUCGGCAACAUGACCCUCAUCAAUAUCUUUGGAGAGAAUCCCUCGGAAAUGCAGGACGUGCUGCAGAUAGCCGUGCAGGCUUUUCUGAGGAUGAAGCAAGUCAACCUGUCCCCCAGCUGCUUGUUUGUGCACCAAAACGUCGGCGAGAUAACUGCAAAGGAGCAAAACAUGGAAGGACAACGGUGCCUGCAGCAGAAGCUGGAUGAGAUGACAGUGACAGCCGCCCAGCAGGAAUUCUGCGAUGCCACCUGCUUCAGCGACGUCAUCCGCUUCGACGUGAAGACCCACGUCCAUUACUUUGCUCAUCUUUGGGAAGGCAACCCACCGAUGGCRCCACCCAACCCCGCUUACAGCCAGAACGUGCAGGAGCUGAAGAGCAAAAUUCUCCAAGCUGCCAAGAAGGAGUCGCAGGGCAGCAUUUUAAGGCUCUCCGGCUUGAAAGUGCGGAUUCGGGACCUGUGGAAGGCUCUGCUGAAUGAAAAGUUUGUCUUUAGUUUCAAAAACACCCUGGAAAUUGCCGCAUACAACAAGUUAGAAACAGCGUAUAGUCAAUGGACCUGGCAGCUGCGGAGCCACAUUCUGGACUUGCAGAGGAAACUGAACAAUCGUAUUAAAAAGGGAGAAAUUCAGCACAUAACCCAAAGAAGUCUCAUGGAGGAAGUUCAAGAGAAAUAUAAGUCUAUCUUGAAUGACGUGGAAUGCUAUUUCAGGGAAGAUGAGGACAGUGGGAUUUUGAUUCAGUGGAAAGCAAGCAUUGAAAAUAAGCUGAAAAACCUGAAAGAAGUGCUUGUCGAUGACACACUGCGCAAGUCUGCAGAUUUCAUUGAGCUAAAGAAGAAUCAGAACAAGCUGGAUCGGAAGAAGUCGGAAUACGAACAGGAGCUUUUCAAAAGAAGCCACAAGUUGGCUUUGUCACUAAAGAACGAAGAGCUGAGCGAAGAAAAACUGAGAGAACACUUUGAUAGCCUUUGGAAAAAAUGGGUCUACGAAGUAUCUUCAACUGCACCUCCUUCCGCAGAACCAAACAUAACCCUCGAUAUUGAGAAUAUUCUCCUGGAGCAUUUCAAACAAGAGCCAAACAUAGAGGAGAAGAUAAAGUGCUUCUUGCAGAAAGACGCCUUGGAAAUUGAUAUUUCCAAGCAUGUUGUCAUGAAGAGAGCAGUGUCCUUCUUUAAAAAGUCUUUGGACAGCUGUGAAAUAGCCAAAAUCCAGCAGCUUGAAAUCCGCAUCACGCAGCUCGUCAGCACAACCAUCGACACAAAGGAGGAGGAGACGAUGGAUUACAACCAAUGCUACAUUCAUGAGAUCCUGAAUAAAAUAAGAGAAGAGCUGGACUCUGCAGCCAGUGCUUCCAAAUACGUCUUUUCCAAUGAGUACAGAAUCUACCUGGCAGUGUGUCUGUGCAAAAUGGCAGCAGAAAGGUUUGAAAAUAUGCAUAAGGCUUUCAAAAGAGCCAACGAUCCGACUUUCUACCUGGAGAGCAAGAGAGAAGACUUCUUCAAAAUUUUCCACAUUUCCUGCCAAGGAGCAACCUCUGUCACAGCUUUUGCUGCUUUUCUGUGCGAGAAGCUUUCAGCAGCUCUUCGGCAGGCAGUGUAUGCCAAGACUGCCAUCGACAUAGCCUGUGAGAUGCGGUCCAACCAUCCAGCUUUCAAUGGCAAUCGAUCUAAGCUAGAAACAGCUAUUCUCAUCUCCCUUGCAGAGGAAGAGGAUUUUGAGAAGUUCAGGAAGUACAUCCAUUUCCCCAAAGAGUUUUUAGAAAGUUUCAUCGAAAACUGUGUCAACAACUAUUGCUUAGACAAGAAAAAUCCAAGGCUGAAGGACUUGCUAAGUAUCUCCCUGAAUUCAUUCCAGACUCUUAUUGUUUCUGCUAUUGUUGCUUCUACCCAAGUUGUCAAAGACAAACAUGGAAAUGUCUCCCUAUGGCUGGAUGARUUUUGUAGCAGACUUGGAGACAAUUUUGAACUUCCUCGAAGUGAUCUGAAACGCAUCGAGCACCAGGAAAUAAAGGACAUAGAGUUCCUUAAGGAGGCAAUGAGUAAAGCACUGGUGCCUGUGCUAGAAAAGCUGAAACAGGAAUUUUCAGUGACGGAUAUGAAACCUUUUAACUUGAAACCUCAUAAAAUAUUGUUUGACCAGCUCCAUGGCUGCUGGGAGCAGUGUCCCUUCUGCAAUGCUCUUUGUACAAGCACAAUACCUGAUCAUGACGGGGACCACAGUGUCCACUUCCAUCGUCCUCAGGUCUUGAAUGGAACCCAGUGGACUGGAACAAACCACUUUGUCAUUGAGAUUUGCUCCAGUCUUGUGGCGAGCGACUCUCUUCUUGUGCUUGGCAAUAACAAUGAAAUUCCCUAUAAAAAUUACAGGAAAGCAGGACCAGCUUAUGCCAACUGGAGCAUCACACCAGACAGCUCCAUGCAAGCGUACUGGAAAUGGUUUGUGUCCCAUUUCCGCUCACAGCUGGAACAAGAUUACCAGGCAAAAUUUGAGGGCAAAGGAGCAAUCCCUGCAGAAUGGAGUAAGUUUACAAAGAAAGAUGUGAUCUGUGAGCUGGAAGCGUUAUCACCUCAACACAUCAUCUCAUAGCUCCAAAACUGUCUGCUAAUGGACUGAACAUCCUGGCUUCCAUUGUAGGCAGUCUAGAGAUUAUUCCAGCUGGAAUUCYAGCUGAAUUUUAUUUCGUACUUUGUUAACUCCGUUCCCGUUCUUAUUUCCAUAAAAAAUAAGCUCAAAGGCCAAGCUUCUGCAAAGGCACCAAAGAAUAGCGGGCAGAAUCUGCAAGGCACAAACCCAGGUGAUGCCAUGGCCACUAUAGAACAUCUCUGACUUUCUGUAAGCCACCUAUGGAGUGUUUAACUUAGGCCUUCCAUGAAGCAAUCUCUGCUGAAGCCUGCGGUUUUAAAGUCUAACAGGACCAGUGCAAUCCUCUCGUGUGAUGUCUUUGGGAAUG